AUGGUGUCCUUCUUUGGCUGGGGCUCCAGCUCCAAAUCAGACCCCGGCGAGACCCAAUCGCAAGACAAGAGUAUUUCAACAGACCAAACCAAACCCACACAGUCAUUACCGUCAUUGCAACCCCCACAAGUCAUCCAGCCUCCGGCUCCUCGCGAUACUACAAACCUCAAACUCUUCUUCGGCGGUGCCGCCUUCUUCACUCUCUCACUGCUCAUCACAAGGCGCGCAAACCGGAAGAAGCUCAUCGCGUGCAUCCCGCCCUACUACUCUAGCUCAGUCUAUUUCCAGCCCAAAGUCAAUGGUGCAGCGGAAGCAUUCGAGGCGCUGAAUCUAGCCACCAUCAACGUCCUCUCGUUCGGCAUGAUGAGCACCGGAGCGGUCAUGUAUGCUCUCGACAUCAACACUUUGGAGGAUGCGCGACGAGUGAUGAGGGCGGCCAUGGACGGCGGAGCUUCUACCGAGCGUUCAAAGACGGAUGAGGAGCUUGAGAAGGACGUGACCGAGUGGGUGUCGAACGUGAUGGGCGGCCGGUUCCAGAAGCAGCUCGAGCAGCAGUUGGAGCUUGAACGGGCUAAGAGACAGACUGAAGGAAACCCGGAUGAGAAGAAGAAUUAG